AAAAGGUGAAAGACUCAAGUGGAGGAGGAAUUAAAUAGUGCGGAAGUAAUUUUACUCGAAGGGUCUAAUUAUUUGCUAUUUGACUUCAAUUACUUUCAUUUUCUCCUUUAGAAAGAAUUCCUGCACGAAAUAGCUUCGCAUUUACCACAGAAUCCUCUUGGUGCAAUUAAAAAAAUCUCGAGAUUUGUCGCAUUUUUCAAAGGGAUUGUUGGUGGUAAUAAAAAAACGUAAAAAGCACCAUAAAAGCUUCGAUGUGCUCCAAUGAAAGUUCGGAGAGGGCGGGUAAAAGCUCCUCCUGAAUCAGCUGUUUUCUGUUACAUAAUCUUGCUAAAGUUUUUGUACCAUUUCUACAGAAAUACUACGCGAUAUUUGCCAGAGAGGUCAUAGGAAUGCUAGGAAUGCUACUGAUCCCACUCGGUAAUUUAUUUUCGCAUAAAUUUGCGAAAAAUAUCAAUAAAAUUUGGUAAAAUUAAUUUAUUUGGAGCGACGACACGAAGUUUAGCCGAUAGCCGUCGGUGGUGGGGUUGAGGGCGCUGGCAGCCGCGGCGGGAACGUCAGUUGCUGGGAAUCUGUCAAGUGAGAAACACUUGUUCGGUGUGUUUAUUGAUUUUUGUUUUCUGUCCAUUUUUCGUGCCAAUUUUGCAAAAAAUCUCACAAGUGGGUGAAUUGUGUGAUAGUGUGGAUCAUCUUGCCAUCCCUGGGCCUUCUUCUUGUACCACACAGAGCCCCAUCUUGAUCAUUCCAGAGCUCCCCUUCGUUGCUGUCUCUAUCUCUUUUGCCCUGCCUGCAAUCACCUAAAAAAGAACAAAUGUCGUCCGGAAACCAACAGCCUGCUCCGGCUCCCGCUCCGCCAAAGAAGGAAUUCGCGCUCGUUCCAAAGAUUGUAAAUGGCGGUAUUGCUGGAAUUAUUGGGGUUUCAUGCGUCUUUCCCCUGGAUUUGGUGAAAACACGUCUACAGAAUCAACAGGUGGGCCCAAAUGGGGAGCGUAUGUACAAAUCAAUGUUUGAUUGCUUCAAGAAGACAUACAAAGCGGAGGGUUAUUUUGGAAUGUACAGAGGCAGUGGUGUCAAUAUAUUGCUCAUCACUCCCGAGAAGGCCAUUAAAUUGGCUGCUAAUGAUUUCUUCCGCUACUACCUCACUUCAAAGACCGGCCAGCUGUCAAUGGCGCGUCAGAUGGCGGCAGGUGGUCUGGCAGGUUUGUGUCAGAUCAUCAUCACGACUCCCAUGGAGUUGCUGAAGAUUCAGAUGCAGGAUGCCGGUAGAGUGGCAGCUCAGGCAAAAUUGGCGGGAAAAGCAGUACCCAAGACAUCGGCUACUCAGCUGGCACUGGGUUUGCUGAAGGAGAAGGGUGUUAUGGGGCUAUACAAGGGUAUUGGGGCGACAAUGCUGAGAGAUGUAUCCUUCUCCAUUGUCUACUUCCCGCUAUUUGCCACGUUGAAUGAUUUGGGUCCCAGGAAGUCAGAUGGUUCUGGCGAGGCUGUGUUCUGGUGCUCGUUCCUGUCGGGCUGUGCUGCAGGUUCAAUGGCUGCGCUCGUGGUGAACCCUUUCGAUGUGAUUAAGACGAGACUUCAGGCUCUCAAGAAAGCCGAGGGAGAGGUGGCAUUUAAUGGCAUUAGCGAUGCAAUAUUUAAAACCUUCAGGAAUGAAGGUAUCACGGCAUUUUUCAAGGGUGGCCUGUGCCGAAUGAUUGUAAUUGCGCCACUCUUUGGCAUUGCACAGAUGGUGUAUUUCCUGGGAGUGGCUGAAGCCAUGAUGGGCAUCAAGAGAUCCCAGUAAAUGCAUUAGGACCAACCAACACUCAUGGUUCAAAUACUCCUGAAUCUUCAUGAGAACCAAUAGAAUUUAGUUAAACAAAAGCAACUAAUGAUCAAUUAUUUAGGCCACAAAUCAACUCACAGACUGUGGGACAGUCUUCUCCAGAUGAGGGUUGGAUGACAAUAAAAAAAAAGAAAUCUAAUAAAAAUCUUUAAGAUGUGUGACGGAGACUUUCAAAAGGCAAUUAUGAUAUCACAAAAAAAAGGAAGUCUCUCGAUAGUGCUAUAAUAAAAUCACUUUUAACGGUGUCUCAAAAAUUAAUUUGAGAAGAAAUAAAUAUUUUUUCUGUUCAUUUUUUUUUGUAAAUUAAGUAGUUUUGUAAUUUAUUUGCCGAAAUGUACUGAUAGAUUUAUGAUGAGUUUCAUCAGUGAAUUGUUAAUGAUAGAAAAAUCUCUGUUCAAAAUACAAAUAACUGUGUCAAGUUU